GGAUUGUACUUGAACGGGAGUUUGCGGUUUGGCAGGUUUAUAUACAUCAAAACAGAACAAAGAGACAGUGCUAUAAAAGAAGCGAGGGGAGAAAAGAAUAAAGCGAGGGAGAAAUAUCUGCCACUGAAUUACAAAAGAAGUGAGGACUCUCUGCUAAUGUUUUUCCACAUCCAAAGGGGACAUAAACUGGGACUUUGUACAUUGUGGAGAAUUUGGGUGGCUUUUUUGUUUUUUGUGAGUACCAGAAGUUUGUUUGGGACGCCGCUUUUUCCCUGUAUAUUUGAAUUUUAAUGUCCACAACCCCAACGCGAAACUUUCAAGACGGACUGCACAUGGUUUCAAAGGGCUUUUGAAAAACCUGGAAUUUUAUUCACCGAUGUCCACGCUUAAGUGUCGCCACUAGAAUGUUGUAAUUACGUGCGGAUUUUAUGCAGCUUUCUUACGCUGUUUUUGAAGCUUUUUGCGUCUUUACGCAUGGUAUUUGCAAAAAAAACUACCCAUACUUUAAAAGUUUGAAUAAUUCAUGAGAUACAAUUUGCCUGCUCGAAAGAAGUGACUGUAAAAGGGAGGGGGGUUAUCCACAAACAUAUUCAUAAGGGUUGACGGAAUGGCCACCGCGGCUUCCAAUCCUUAUCUACCCAGCAAUAGCAUCUUAUCGUCCGGCUCCAUCGUGCACUCUGACUCCGGAGGUGGUGGCAUGCAGCCUGGCAGCGCUGCGGUUACCUCCGGGUCUGGGGGUUACAGGGGAGACCCCUCGGUUAAGAUGGUACAGAGUGACUUUAUGCAAGGCGCAAUGGCAGCGAGCAACGGGGGACACAUGCUGAGCCAUGCCCACCAGUGGGUGACAUCUCUCCCCCACGCCGCAGCGGCCGCAGCAGCAGCCGCUGUCGCGGCAGCAGAAGCCGGCUCGCCCUGGUCGUCGAGUCCCGUUGGGAUGACUGGGAGUCCGCAGCAGCAGGACGUGAAAAACUCGGCCAGAGACGAUCUGCACACAGGCACCGCGCUGCACCACAGGCCCCCCCACUUAGCUCCUCAUCAGACUCACGCCGGAGCUUGGGGGAGCACUACUGCGGCUCACAUCAACUCUAUAUCCGGGGGACAGCAACAGCAACAGUCACUGAUCUACUCUCAGCCAGGAGGGUUCACUGUGAACGGAAUGCUAAAUCCUGGCAGCCAGAGCCUAGUGCACCCCGGGCUGGUGAGGGGAGACACCCCAGAUCUGGACCACGGCAGCCACCACCACCACCAUCACCACCAGCAUCCGCAUCACCAGCACCACGGUGGCGUCAACAGCCACGACCCGCAUUCGGACGACGACACGCCGACUUCAGACGACCUGGAACAGUUCGCCAAGCAGUUCAAGCAGCGGAGGAUCAAACUGGGCUUUACGCAGGCGGACGUCGGCUUGGCUCUGGGCACCCUUUACGGGAACGUUUUCUCUCAGACAACAAUCUGCAGAUUCGAGGCUCUGCAGCUCAGCUUCAAGAACAUGUGCAAGCUCAAGCCUUUGUUAAACAAGUGGCUUGAGGAGGCCGACUCGUCCACGGGAAGCCCCACCAGCAUCGACAAGAUCGCGGCCCAAGGGAGGAAGCGAAAGAAGCGCACGUCCAUCGAGGUGAGCGUCAAGGGGGCUUUGGAGAGCCACUUCCUAAAAUGCCCCAAACCGUCGGCGCAGGAGAUCAGCAGCCUGGCGGAUAACUUGCAGCUGGAGAAAGAGGUGGUUAGAGUGUGGUUUUGCAAUAGGAGACAGAAGGAAAAACGGAUGACGCCCCCAGGAGUGGCGCAGACGCCGGAGGAUGUGUACUCUCAGGUCGGCAAUGGGCAUUUUUUAGUAGAUUACUUAAAAGAUGCAAGUGAAGCGAGCGACCAGAGGGUGACAACUACAAGUUCAUUCCACCAGGUAAUCUUGGCGCAUUGAGUCACACCAAGAAGAAACCAAGUAUUGUUGUGAUUUUGAUUUUUUUUAACUCUUCCCCUCUUGUCCAAAAACAAACAAAAAAUACUUUUACUUCCCUUCAUUAUCAUGUGUUUGAUUGAAGAAACAAAGGAGCGGACAUUUUGUACAUUUAGAAAUGGGACUUGAACGCCCCACAUUUUUUUUUUUCAACAUUCUGAAGAAAAUGUGACAUCCACGAAGCUUCCAUCAACGAUUUUUCCUUUCCUGAGAUCUUUCACACACAGAGAGACACAAACACACACACUUGGAGGAUUAGGAAUUUUGUUUUCUCCCCCAUUCUCUCUCUCUCUCUCUCUCAUCUCGAGGCCCUCAUGAGCCCAGAAAGAAAAAGCAAGCAGGACCAGGACUGUCUGUCCCCGCCUGAUCUCAAAGAUCACCUCUUUCACCUGCCUUUUUUUUUUUAUCCUUCUGAUCAUUAUUUAAUGGACUCUGACGCCGUGAGUGGAUUUUUCUCCUUUAUUCAUAUUAUUUUUUUUCCAACAAAUAGAAGAAAAAUACAUAAAAAGACAUUUGAAAAGACUUGAGCUGCACUUAUUUGAGGAAGAAAAUCUGAAAAAUCUGUUGCCAAGUGUGACUGAAUGGGUGCUGUGGAUAUAUUAAUGCUGCCCUUUGUACGCAGUAUUCUUUGGUAGGUUUUAAUAAACAAACAAAAAAAAAAAAAAAAAAAAAAAAACUCUGUAAAGCCGGCAAUAUAGAUCACUAGAUCAGAUACUGAUCUGAUUUAUUUACUUUAUAUUUUUCAUCAAAAUGACUUGUUUUAAUAUUUUAUUCGGAAUGAAUUAUUCCAAACGGUAAUUUAUUUUCCCUCCCUAAGUAACUUGUGUAAGAAGCUUUCCCCAGUUUUGUUUUAGUUCUUUUAUUCUUCUAUUUUUUCUUUUUUUUUUUUCUUAUUUUGCCCUUAUUUGUUUCCUUUUGUAUUCUUGAAGGAGCACAAAUCACCAUAAGCUGACCGUUGUUAGGUAAUAAGGGUAUAUUUUGAUGUGAUCAUUUGAUUGUAAUUUAAUUUCAGUAGUGGUUCCGUACGAGCUGAUUGAGACACAAUAAAUUUGUUAGAAUGAA